AUGACGCCCAGAUCAACCAAGCAGAGCGGCCUGGCAUCGCUCGCAUGCACUGAGUGUCGCAAACAGCACCUGAAAUGUGAUGCGCUCAAGCCCUCGUGCUCACGGUGCUUGCAAAACGGCGAGUACUGCCAAUAUCUUCCCUCACGGCGGGGGGGUCGCAGGAAAACUCGCGACGCCAAUCGCCGGCCCCCUUCCAACCAUCCGGAUGAGUUGAAUGUCAGUAUGCGCCAUGCCUCAGUCAUGUUGAUGAAAUCCAUACCAAUCGGAUACCAGGCCUCCCUUGUCCUACCGGUCGCUGCCCACGAACAGCAACCCAAUACCCCGGACAGCACAUCACCGCAACAAAUCCCCGACGACACAAGCAUCCCUGCUGGUCAGGUGUCUUGGUCUAUGAUUACCCCAAGAAAUCCACUAAGUCAACAGCAUUUAGAAUCAUCUCAUGAUCCCUGGCUCUACGAUGACCGCUUUCUGCGUCUUUUUUACGAGAAUUUCCAUGUCGCUCAUCCUAUCCUUGUCCCAAGUGCCGCUUAUCAUGAUCGACAGUAUCCCGAGUUCCUCCAGCUCGUGGUGAAUUUUGCCGGUUCUCACUAUGCUUCCUCAAGUCCAACCCAACAAUACAAGGACAAGACCAUUGCAGAACUGACCUGCAACCCAACGCGAUCUUCUUGCAUGGUCCAGGCAUGGUUGAUCUACUCGAUUACAAUUUAUGCUCGCGGCGAAUGGCAAGAGGCGCAGAAUGCCUUCUCACACAGCGUUGAGCUUGCACUGGAGCUUGGUAUGAAUCGUCGCGAAUUCGCCACCUCUACUCAACCCGAAAAUUCCAUCGAAGCUGAAAGCAUGCGACGCACAUGGUGGGAGUUGUAUAUUACGGAUAUCCUCUUAGCUGCGCCUUUCAAAGGCAACACAUUUUUAUGCAGCACCAUGGCACCGGAAGUAGGUUUGCCCUGCGAGGAAUCGGCAUAUACCGGCGCCUGUGACAUCCCGGCACCCCGAAAGAUUUUAGACUUCAAGCGGAGGAUAUUUGCCCCCGAAGAGACGGUAUUUUCAUCUUUCAGCUACCGUAUCGAAGCAACAACAAUUCUCUGUCGAGCUCUUGUCUUGAACAAGCUCCGCGACCAUCACCGUGAUCAUCUCCAAGCCGUUGAAAAUGCGCUUGUAAGCUGGGUCAACCACCUGCCCCCCAAAAAGCUGGAUAUCGUCGAUUCGUAUGGCAAUAUCGAUGAGAUGAUGUUCCAGGCCCAUAUCAUAAUUUCAUAUGCGACUAUGCUGUUGCAUUUACCCCGAAGCGAUCUCCAACCAGUCCUACCACAGGCAGACGAUCGUUUCUGGCCGGUUGCCGCACGCAGUUUGGCGUCGACACUCAAUCGUCCCAUCCACAGUAUCAAAGCAACCGAGGCCUCCCGGAGAAUAUCAGAUGCGAUAUCUCUUUGCCCGAACAUAAUCAAGCACACGCCCUUUGUAAUCCCUGCACUGGCACUCUGUGGGAUGACACAACUCGCUACCGCCAUCAAACACACUGAAGAAUGUUUUGACCAUCAUUAUAAUCGGGUCACUUUAGUUCUCGGAUGUCUCAAAAGUACAAAGCGGAUAUGGAAUCUUGCCGAUGCCGCCUACACUCACCUACGUGUAUCUGCGGCGGACGGCUUGUCUGAUUCGAUGGAGCGAUGGAGUACAGAACCACUCAGGAAAUUCUUUCCAAUCGAUUCAACGCCAAGUAACACAGAGCGGAAUCACCAACCAACACGGCCAGCAUCGGCAAUCUCGGAAGGCCAGGAUAUGCUGUUUCCGCCGAUAACCCCUGCCUUUGUCGAUCCGACCUGUUAUAACGAUUCCUUCUUCACAUCCAUCCCGGAUUUUGACAUCAGCUAA